UCAAAUUUUAAGGUUAAGGUUAGUGAAUGUUGAUUGCUACAGAAAGCAGUUUGUGUUGAAUGUGCGGUAUUUGUUCCAAUAUUUGUACAAAAUGGGAUCCCGAGGAAAGUUGAUGUUACAACUUUUAAAGGAAAGGGCGGAGAAAAGUCAAAGUUUUUCUAAUGAAGGAGAACGCCAAGAAGAAGUAUUGGAUACUGAGAUUGUAGAUACUAUCAAUUCGAUUGUUAGUAUAGAUGAUAAAAUCAGUGGAAAAGUCAGAGACACCAGCCCCCCUUCAUUUGGUGUUGAUACAGAAGCCAUGCGUGAUGAUGACCCACCCUAUAAUGCCUUUUCUGAAAAUGGAUCCAGUGAUGAAUAUAUUCCAAACGAAGACGAACUUAGUGAAACAGAUUGUAGUGGUGAAAGUGAUUCUGACGUUAGUGUAUCAAGGUCAGAGGAAGUAGCAGUACUUCAUGUCACAGCUGAAAACUCACAGCAAAAGAGCCCUGUUGUAAACGCAGCACCUUCAGAGAAAAUACAAAAGGCGAAGAGAAAAAUAUUUGAGUCCAGGGAAAAGAUUUCUAGAAAGAGAACAAGAAUACCAGAAAAAUGGAAAAAAAAUAAAGCGGCCAUCGCUAGAGCAAAAGGCGAAAGUUAUUUAUCGCAAAAUGGAAAGAUAAUGCCACAGAAACAAAUAGAACAGGGUACAUUGUGCAAAGAAAAGUGCAGACUAAAUUGCAAUGAUAAAUUUACUUUAGAAGCUCGAUAUGCUAUUUUGAAGAAGUAUUAUAGCUUGGAUAUUAAUGCAAAAAACGCCCUUUUAUUUAAAAGUAUUGUCAUUGAAAAUGUUCAACGACACAGAGCAAAUACUACGAAUCCGAAGAAAUUUACUUUUAAAUAUUCAAUAACAUACGACCAAAAAGUGAUUCCUGUUUGUCGAGACGCAUUAUGUGGUCUUUUUCAAUUUAGCAGAAAGAAAAUUGAAAAUAUUCAAAGGAAACUAAAGAAUGGUGAGUGUGCUCCCACCCCCUGAUAAAAGGGGUCAUCAUUCAAAUAGGCCUCAUAAACUUAAAGAUGAUGUUGUUGAGUGCAUCAUUAACCAUAUUAAAAAGUUUCCUGCCGAAGAAUCGCAUUAUUCGAGAAAUCACAAUCCCCACAGAAUGUAUUUGGCGCCAGUUCUAAAUAUAACCAUUAUGCACAAACUCUAUCUCGAACAUUGUGUUGAAAAUAAGUUACCAGAUUAUUUUAAGUGCACACGAAGUUCCUACAGUAAGAUUUUUUCAACUAAAUUUAAUUUAGGGUUUGGCCAUCCCAAAAGCGAUACAUGCUCCACGUGCGAUUCUGGUGAGGGUACUAACGAACAUAAACAAAAGUACAAAUUAGCUUUUGACAAACAACGUGUAGAUCGCCAGUUAGCAAGUACAAAACCUAAUAUUUGCUAUAUGACGAUGGACUUGCAGCAAACGAUGCCGCUCCCGAAAUUAUCGACAUCUAAAGCUUUCUACC